AUGGCGCACUCACUCAGCAGCAGCCAUCCGCUGGUAUGGAUCGAUUGUGAGAUGACCGGACUCGAUCUAGACAACGACGUGAUUAUCGAGAUUUUCUGCGUCAUCACUAAUGGAAACCUGGAUGUGCUGGACGAGGAAGGCUGGGGCGCAGUGAUCCAUCAAUCGAAGGAGACAAUGGACAAGAUGGACGAAUGGUGCACCCGAACGCACCGCGACAGCGGCCUCACUGCCGCCGUACUCUCCUCAUCCACAACUGCCGAAGAAGCCUCAACGGCCCUGCUCUCCUACAUCAAGCGCUUCGUGCCGGAGCCCAAACGCGCGCUGCUCGCCGGCAACACGGUGCACGCCGAUAAGGCGUUCCUGCGCAAGGAGCCGUACAAGAAGGUGCAUGACCACUUCAGCCAUCGCAUACUAGACGUCAGUUCGCUGAAGGAGGCGGCGAAGCGCUGGUGUGAGCUGGAUGUGCUGGUCGGGGUGCCGAAGAAGCUGUUGCUGCAUCAGGCAAAGGCGGAUAUUUUGGAGAGUAUUGAGGAGGCGAGGUAUUAUAAGCAGACUAUUUUUCAACGGCCGAGAGGGAAGAAGUAG